ACGACUUUGCUUGAGCGCUUUACGACUGUUUGGGGAGGCUGAUUCAAAAUGGAGUAGCGAAAAGUUAACUGACAGUGUUUACCCAGAUUCCGCCGUUAAGGUUUUAUUUUUUAUACAUACUCAUCACGUUUAUGUGAAUUGACCGCCGCUGCACAUUAGCGAGCCGAAAACACGAUGGGCGACGAGAAGGAGUCCGACUCUUUUCGUUUCUUCUCGGGCUACGACGAUUUGAGCGAUAGCAGCGAUGACGGGGACGGCAGCGGCUCGGACGAGGAGAGGAAGAGUCUGAGGAAGGCGAGCCAGAGGCCGGGUGAAGAUGCUCCGGGAGGCGGCGGCAGGUCUCCCGGCCAGGGGACCAAACGGGCCGCCGGAGGAGCCCCGCUGCCCAAACCCGACGAGCUGUUCCGCUCCGUGUCCAAGCCUGCGUUUCUCUACAACCCGCUGAACAAGCAGAUCGACUGGGAGAGCCGCACGGUGAAAGCCCCGGAGGAGCCCGCCAGAGAGUUCAAGCCGUGGAAGACCAACGCUGUGCCCCCUCCUCAGAGCUACGCCUCAGAGCCAGAGAAGAAGAAAGGGCCACCACCGGGGAUGGACAUGGCCAUAAAGUGGUCCAACGUCUAUGAGGACAAUGGGGACGACGCACCACAACCUUACACUGGCAAUGCCCGCUUCCUGCCCGCAGAGGAGCAGUCCCCUGACUCAGAUGAGGAUGACGCACAGAAGGCCAUGUCUGCUAAGAAACGCAGGGUGGAGACCUUCCAGCAGAAGGAGAAGAGGAAGCGGGACCUGGGACAGGCCACGUCCGACAAGAGCUUCGUCGAGGAGGAGAAGAGAAUCCUGAGGCAGCAGCUGGAGUAGGCCCGAGCUGCCUGCAGCAAGGCAUCAGUUUCUAACUUAAAGACAGACAUUGAACCACAGACACUGGCAAAUGGACCGUUGGGGAGGUGUGCUGUGAACAGAGAUAGCUGGCUAUAAGGUGUCAUGAUUUGGAAUACUGUAACAAUAUUUGUCUUCAAAUUAAUGCUGGUGCACUUGAUGACAGACGUUUGGUUUAAAUUUUGUAAAUGGGUUUGUGUCAUUGGGAUUACAGGCAUAAAUAAUAGUGUUAAAUUCUCAGUUAUUCAGAUAGCAGCACCCCAGCGCCAUAAUAAUGCUGAAGUGCAGGUCUGACGUGUUUGUUUGGUUCUGGUCCCGGCAGAUCCCUCUUUGCUGUGUUCCCUCCCUGGUUAGAUGAGCAGUCAGCCGCUUUGCUCUCCUGCCAUGACACCGAGUAACUAUUGUGUUGUUUGUUGGACUCUUUUGUUUGUCUUUUUUUCUUUUUUUUUUUUUUAACUAUGUAACUAAAAUAAGAGAGUGACCUCUGACUGUGGUGGUUUACAUGCAUAACUUCUGUAUAUUCUCUAUAUUUCUCUUUCAGUUGUAAAUACACAAUCACCACCAAACAGACCCAAUGCUUGGAAAUUUAGCCGAAGAAAAUGAUUAUCCCUGUGUUUAUGGGAAAGUGUAUUUUAAUGCAGCAGCUUUCUAUUUAAAUUGACAAAAAGUGUAAUAAAUGGCUUCAUUUCAAUUUAAAUUAUGGUGAGAAACUUCCAGCUGUUGUUCCCGCUUAUGCACACUAGAUGUCGCCUCUGAGCCACACUGGAAGAAGUGAGUGUUCAGCUUUUAGAGUGACCUGCUGCAUGUCCAUUGCUGUCUAAGUGUUGGGGACACAAAAGGCAACAAGAGCCCAUAAGAAUGAUAUUUCUAAGAAAAGAAAUGUUGAUUGGUAGCUGGUUUUAUUUUGGCACUCUUUAGCUACUUCAUGAAUUUAUAUAGUUUCUUGAGUUGUGUGACACCUGGCGUUAUACAGCACUUUAGACUAGCCCAGAUGUGGGAUAUAAACAAAACAUUUAAGAAAUUGAAGAAGUGGUGAAGGGAUUCUUCCAUUUCUGUCAACAAAUCUGUAUAGUGUGCUUAGACAACCUGCUGUAAUUGUUUAUUGUCAGUGAAAUAUUAUUUGUCGUACACCUCUGAAGCAAUAAAUGAUAAAUAUUUUACUGUAAAA